AUGUCAUCGAGCAGAUACCAAUGGAUAUUUAAAGUUGUUGGAGGCGCGGUUUCUCUGUCAACCGCUGUAAAGCUCUCAGACUGCAAUUCAAAUAAGAUUUCACCGACUGACGAAUCCCUGCGGAGCUUCCACCUCCAAGCUGAAAGUGAUGAGGUGCCUCUCAGUCACAGUGCAUAUGAGUGA